AUGUCAGGCGCUGGUAGCGGCGGCGGCGUCAGCGAUGCCACUCUCUUCGAGGAGAGCUUCACAGUUACCGACUACGACCAGACCAAGUAUGACCGUGUGGCUCGCAUCUCAUGCACGUCGGCCGAUUCCCAGACCGUCAUGGUCCUCGAUAUCAACAUCGAGCUGUUCCCCUGCGCCGUAUCGGAUUCGCUACAUGUCGUCCUAACCACAACACUGUCCCCGGACGGGAGCAAGGACGACGACAAAGGCUGGCGCGACGUCGGCAAAGAGGGUGCCAUGUCAUCCACCAUAGCCGAUAAUUACGACUAUGUGUGCCACGGAAAGAUCUACAAAUUCGAGGAAACGUACGAUGGAAAUACAAUUAAUGCCUACGUUUCCUUCGGUGGCCUUCUGAUGUCACUACAAGGCCCAGUGAAGAAGCUCACCCCGCUGCGCGUCGAUAACGUGUACCUCCUAGUCAAGAGGUAG